AUGUUGACAUCGUUCCACUUUGUUUAUUUUGUUCAUCUGACAUUAUUGUGGAUAUUAUGUAGUAUUUCAACAAUUUAUCCAAAUGAAUCAGUUUCACGCUCGGAUUGUAAACAUCUUAUAUUACCCAUCAAAUGUCAAUGUUAUCACUCUGAUCAUGCUUCACAAUUACGUUGUCGUAAUAGUAAAUUACAUUCAUUAAUUAAACUACCUAUUAAUAUGCGAUGGAAUGCAUUAGAUUUUUCACAAAAUUAUAUUACAUCUGUUGAUAGUUACAUAUUUUCUGAUAUAUAUGUUGAAAAAAUUGAUUUAUCAAAUAAUUAUAUUGGACGAAUUGAGCAAACAGCAUUUGAAUCAAUUAAAAAUCUUAAAGAAUUAUAUCUAAAACAUAAUCAAAUGAAAGGAUUUGAUCCAUUAUCUCUAAAAUCAACGGGAAAAUAUAUGGAAAAAUUCGAUAUUUCUAAUAAUCCAUUCGAGCAACAACUUGAUGUUGGUGAAAUUCUUGUACAAUUACCGGAAUUAAAAAUAUUUUAUGCAAGAUGGAAUAAUAUUAAUAAUACGAGUCUUUAUACAUUAUUAAAAUUACAAACAAAACGAGAAAUUAUUACAUUAUCUCAUGAAGAUAACAAAAAUAUGACAACACAAAUAUUUGGUCAUUAUAAUUUAGAAUUAUUUGAUUUAAGUCAUAAUAAUAUAACAACAUUAUGUAAUGGAUUAUUCGAUGGUCUAUAUAAUUUAAAACAUUUAAUAUUAGAUUAUAAUCAUAUUGAUUUAAUUGAUAAUAAUUUAUUAAAAAAUUUAAAAUAUUUAGAAAUUCUUAGUUUAACAAAUAAUUAUAUUCGUUUAAUUCCCGCUUUUUAUAGUCAAACAUUAAUAACUCUUAAUUUUUCAUCUAAUUUAAUUGAACGUGUUUCAGAUUAUUUUGCAGCCAAUUUACAUUCAAUAACAUAUAUUGAUUUUGAUGAUAAUUAUCUAUUAAAUAUAACAACUCCUAGAGCAUUUUGUUAUAUUAAUUUAUUUACAUUACAACGUUUAUCAUUUCGUAAUAAUAAUUUAAUAACAUUAAAUUCAUUUGGUGAAUUAUUAUGUCGAUUAAAUACAACAGAUAGUACACGACAUAAUAAAUAUAUUUUAGAUGUAAAUAAUAAUAUUAAUUUAAAAUGUAAUUGUAUAUUAAUACAAUUUCAACAAUAUUUAUUUAAUUAUCAAGAUUUAUCAUGUACACAAUAUGGACAAGAUCGAUAUUUUGUUUCAGCAUUAGAAUCAACAAAUAAAAAUAAUUGUACAUUAAAUUUUUGUGAUAAAUAUUCUAAUCAAACUCUAUGCGUAUGGCCAACUGCUCAUAAUAUACAAAUGAAAGGAACAUGUGAAAAAAAAUCUCAAAAAUUUAAUUCAACAUCAAAAUUAAAAUUUAAUCAAACACAUUUAUAUUUUGAAAAUACAACAAUGAUAAAUAUUUCAUUAUUAUUAGUAACAAAUUCAAAUAAUAUUAGUUUUACAAUUGAUAAUCGAUCAAUGGAUAGUAAUGAAUCAUUAACAACAACAAUCACAACAUUGAUCAUAGGACAACAAAUAUUAAAUACAAAAUCUUUAAUAUCACAGUCACAUAGAGUUACAUUACAUUAUUUAAUCUUAAUAGUUAAUUUCAUACUAGAUUUACUGUUUAAUUUUAUACUAGAUUUAAAUUUAUAA